AUGUUUGGUGUAUCGGAUGCCCAGAUUGACAUCGCAAAUGAGCUUCAUGCGCCGCCACCGAGGGGACAGCCGUACAGUGUACCGCUGCCUGGCUCGGAAGGUGUAGGCAGGAGUGCCAUUUACAGGCAUUGGAGGUUCACGGACAAGCCGCUAUUGAGCAGCCUAGUCCCAGAGAUUACCACACCACACGAAGCCUUCGAGAACGCGGUUACGAAAUGGGGCAAGUCCAAGUGUCUCGGACACCGGCCCUACGACGCUGCCACCAAGACGUUCGGCCAGUUCGUUUGGGAAGACUACGAGACAGUCGCGAAUCGGAGAAAGAACUUUGGCGCUGGUUUGGUACAUUUGCACAAGCAAGCUGGUGUUACUGCGCCAAAGUACGGUAUUGGGCUGUGGUGUCAGAAUAGGCCGGAAUGGCAGAUUACGGAUCUGGCGGCCAUGUCCCAAGGUCUAUUUACCGUGUCCAUCUACGAUACACUUGGCCCGGACACAACUGAGUACAUCAUCAACCACUCUGAGUUGGCAUGCGUUGUGACUGGCAUGAACCACGUUACUGCGCUGCUCAAGUUGAAGCCCAGAAUCCCAACGUUGAAGAUCAUCGUGGUACUUGACCCAUUGUCAGCUGGCGAGCUACCUGGAGAGUCAAAGGGCGACCUUUUGAACUCAUUAGCUAGCGAACAGGGCGUGACUAUCCACUACAUCCGAGAUGUUGAGGCUUUGGGCGAGAAGCAGCCAAUUCCCAUGAACCCACCCACCCCUGACGAUAUCGUUACCAUCAACUACACUUCUGGCACAACUGGGAACCCCAAGGGUGUCGUUCUGACCCACCGGAAUGCACAUGCCGGAGCCUGCACGAGUAUGGUUCUUACUGGUACCGGACCUGAAGAAGUCAUCUGCUCUUUUCUGCCACUUGCACAUAUCUACCAGAGACUGGGAGAACAUGCGGGACUCGCAUCGGGCUCGGCUAUCGGAUACUUCCAUGGAAACAUUGCGGAGCUGGUUGAGGAUCUGCAGAUGCUGCGACCGACUGUCUUUUCUGGUGUCCCCAGGCUCUACAACCGGUUUGGGGCCAAGAUCAAGGAAGCGACAGUCCAGACUACUGGUGUCAAGGGUGCGCUCUCUCGACACGUGGUAUCGACCAAGCUAGCGGCCAUGGAAGACAAGCAUAACCCGACCAACAAGCACAUGCUUUACGACCGCAUCUGGGCUAAGAAGGUCGCGGCAGGCGUUGGACUAGAUCGUUGCAAGGUCAUGGUCAGCGGCUCCGCGCCCAUCGAUCCUAGCUUACACAAGUUCUUGCGUACCGUGUUUGCGAACAACUUCACCCAAGGAUACGGUCUUACCGAGACGUAUGCUGUAGCCCUGGUCCAGCACGAGGGCGACUUCUCGGCUGGUAACUGUGGCGGUGUAACACCCAACGGUGAAUGUGCUCUGGUUGAUGUACCUGACAUGGAGUACUUCUCCACCGACAAGCCAUUUCCUCGCGGUGAAUUGGUGAUUCGCUCAACUACACAGUUCAGGGAGUACUUCCGUAACGAAGAGGAGACAGCUAAAGCUGUCGAUGCGGAAGGCUGGUUCCACACUGGCGAUAUCUGCACUGUUGACGAACUUGGCCGCUUCAAGAUCAUCGACCGCAGGAAGAACGUGCUCAAGCUUGCACAGGGUGAAUACAUCUCGCCCGAGCGCAUCGAGAACGUCUACCUGGCAAACUGCAGCUAUCUGGCAUCUGGCUACGUACAUGGCGACUCACACCAGUCGUUCCUCGUGGGCAUCUUCGGCGUUGCUCCGGAUCUGUUCCCACAGUAUGCGUCCAAGGUGCUUGGUGAGAAGAUUGAGCCAGGCGACAUUGCCAAGCUGAAGUCUGUUUUGAGCAACAAGAAGAUUGAAGCAGCAGUGCUAAAGGAUCUGGACAAGGCGGGACGAAAGAACAAGUUCAACAGCUAUGAGCGUGUACGGGCCGUCAGGCUGUUCUUGGACCCUUUCACCAUUGACAACCAACUCUUAACCCCAACAUUGAAAUUGAAGCGUCCGCAGACAGCCAAGGCGUUUAGGCAGCAUAUCGAUGACUGUUACGAGGAGGCGCUGGUUCAGGAGUCACAGGCAAAGGCCAAGUUGUAGAUGGCGCAUUCGCAUGUUCGGCGUCUGGCUAUACUAAGAUAGCCUGUGUAUUUGCUUUCCUGGGGCACGGAUAUUCUAGGUUCUUGUGCGACCACUGCCAUGUGCAUAUCGAUCCGCCAAUUGACUGUACAAUGCCAUGUUCUG